UCCGUCGUCUAGGCGCCGCCCCUCCCCCGGUCAGCCGCUCUUCGCUCUCCGCUUCUCGGUCUCCCGGUCGGCGCGCACGGCUCCCGUCACUCGAACGCGCGCGGCGGGAAGAUGGCGGAGUCCGGUGGCAGUGGCGGUGGUGCUGGCAGCGGUGGCGGCUUCGGCGCAGGCCCGGGCCCGGAGCGCCCGAACAGCAUGGCCGAUAAGAAUGGCGCCCUCAAGUGCACCUUCUCGGCACCCAGCCACAGCACCAGCCUCCUGCAGGGCCUGGCCACCCUCCGUGCACAGGGCCAGCUCCUGGAUGUGGUCCUGACCAUCAACAGAGAGGCCUUCCAUGCGCACAAGGUGGUCCUGGCUGCCUGCAGCGACUACUUCAGGGCCAUGUUCACGGGCGGCAUGAGGGAGGCGAGCCAGGAUGUCAUCGAGCUGAAAGGCGUGUCUGCCCGUGGCCUGCGGCACAUCAUCGACUUCGCCUACAGCUCCGAGGUGACCCUGGACCUGGACUGCGUGCAGGACGUGCUGGGCGCGGCGGUGUUCCUGCAGAUGCUGCCGGUGGUGGAGCUGUGCGAGGAGUUCCUCAAGGCUGCCAUGAGCGUGGAGACCUGCCUCAACAUUGGCCAGAUGGCCACCACCUUCAGCCUGGCCUCGCUCCGGGAGUCGGUGGACGCCUUCACCUUCCGCCACUUCCUGCAGAUCGCCGAGGAGGAAGACUUCCUGCGCCUGCCGCUGGAGCGCCUGGUCUUCUUCCUGCAGAGCAACCGGCUGCAGAGCUGCUCCGAGAUCGACCUGUUCCGGGCCGCUGUCCGCUGGCUGCAGCACGACCCGGCCCGGCGGCCGCGCGCCAGCCACGUGCUCUGCCACAUCCGCUUCCCACUCAUGCAGUCAUCGGAGCUGGUGGACAGCGUGCAGACGCUGGACAUCAUGGUGGAGGACGUGCUCUGCCGCCAGUACCUGCUGGAGGCCUUCAACUAUCAGGUGCUGCCCUUCCGGCAGCACGAGAUGCAGUCGCCACGCACCGCUGUGCGCUCCGAUGUGCCCUCGCUGGUCACCUUCGGUGGCACGCCCUACACCGACAGUGACCGCUCGGUCAGCAGCAAGGUGUACCAGCUGCCCGAGCCGGGCGCCCGGCACUUCCGCGAGCUCACAGAGAUGGAGGUGGGCUGCAGCCACACGUGUGUGGCCGUGCUGGACAACUUCGUGUACGUGGCCGGGGGCCAGCACCUGCAGUACCGCAGCGGCGAGGGUGCGGUGGACGCCUGCUACCGCUAUGACCCCCACCUGAACCGCUGGCUGCGCCUGCAGGCCAUGCAGGAGAGCCGCAUCCAGUUCCAGCUCAACGUGCUGUGCGGCAUGGUGUAUGCCACGGGCGGCCGCAACCGUGCGGGAAGCCUGGCCUCGGUGGAGAGGUACUGCCCCCGGCGCAACGAGUGGGGCUACGCCUGCUCGCUGAAGCGCCGCACCUGGGGCCACGCCGGGGCCUCCUCGGGGGGCCGCCUCUACAUCUCAGGGGGCUACGGCAUCUCGGUGGAGGACAAGAAGGCGCUGCACUGCUACGAUCCUGAGGCCGACCAGUGGGAGUUCAAGGCGCCCAUGAGUGAGCCCCGCGUGCUGCACGCCAUGGUGGGCGCCGGCGGCCGCAUCUAUGCCCUGGGCGGCCGCAUGGACCACGUGGAUCGCUGCUUCGACGUGCUGGCUGUGGAGUAUUACGUGCCCGAGACGGACCAGUGGACCAGCGUGACCCCCAUGCGGGCUGGCCAGUCGGAGGCCGGCUGCUGCCUGCUGGAGAGGAAGAUCUACAUCGUGGGGGGCUACAACUGGCGCCUCAACAACGUGACAGGCAUCGUGCAGGUGUACAACACGGAGACGGACGAGUGGGAGCGAGACCUGCACUUCCCCGAGUCCUUCGCGGGGAUCGCUUGCGCCCCUGUCUUGCUGCCCCGGGCGGGGGGCCGGAGGUAGCUCCCUGGACUCCUGGGACCCUGGCCCAGCUGCAUGUUGUCUCCCAGCCGGGCUUGGCCGGCACACCUGGGCAGAGCCUCAGGCGCCCUCCCACGCUGGCCGCCGGGGACUGCUGAGCCCAAGGAGCCGCCCGCCUGCCCCCUCCCGAGGCAGAUCCUGGCUCUGAGUCCAGCCCGGGGGUCCAGUCCAAGAGGCCGCCAUGUUGCCACAAGAGCUCGUGCCCCAGGUGGUUCCCUCGCCCAGCCUGCAAGUUCCACUGUGGGGGCAUCUGGGCCUCCUCGUGGCGGUCACUGUGUGGCUCCGCUUCACUCCUCCCCUGUCCCCACCUGGCUCUGCCUGCCCGUGGUUUCAGACACUCAGAUGUGAGCCCGUGAACGCCGAAUUCCAAGUCCCCGGUGUGCACCUCACCUCCCUCCCGGUCUCCUGUGUGUCUGUGAGGCCCACGCACCUGCAGCCUGCCUAACAGGAGGGCUCUUGGCCGGGAGAGGUCGCUGCCGAGCCCCGGAUGGGGACUGAAGGACGAGGAGGGCCUGUCUUCUUGCCCCUCAGCCUGGGCUGCGGGAGGCCUCUGCCCACGUCCCCACCUGUCCUGGGCCCCUGCACCCUAAGGGCCUCUGCUCAACGGCUUGCAGGAGAGACCACAGCCGACUCCCAGAGGCGGCCUUGAGGGUGCUCGGUCUCCAUUUGGCACUGAGUGUCGCCCGGGGCCUGAACACAGAGGGCCGGCCAAGAUGCCCCAUCUGCCGCGUUGGCUCCGGGCCACCAGGCUGCCCCUUCCCACGGUGGAGGGGACGCCAGCCCAGGCUCUCGCAGUGCCCCUACGGGGCUGUGAAUGACUCUGACUCCCUCUCUCAGCUCAGCCCAGCCCUGGUUUUUGGUCAACGUGCCACCAAGCCUGAGGCCACCCUGGGGUGGUCGGGCGGGCGCUGGGCCUCUCCUCCAAGGGCUUCGCGGUGUCUCUGGCCACAUUUGUUUUGAUGUCUGAACCUCUAAAUGUCUUCUUUUUGUUUCGUUUUUAGAAGGCAGCGCUGCUGUCUUCUAAGUGAGGUGUGUACUCUAGGGGCAACUUAAAGUGUCUCUUUUGCUGCUAACAGACGAUGGAUGUCGUGUUUUUGUGACCCGCUCACAGUGUAAAGGAUUAACCUCACACCUUAGUGGCUGUCCUUCCCUAAUGCCUCCCUUUAUUUAAUAAAAGUGUUACGGUGACAAGAUGGAGUGGCCCAGCUGAGCCUGUGCAGCUUGGGCCUGAUUGGUCACAGAUUCUGCGCGUGUCCUCGUGUGUUUGGGGCUCCUCUCCCCUGCCCCUCCUUCCCCCUCGUUGCCAAGGAGCUGGGGUGGGGGGCUGGGUCUUGGUUCAGGAGGACAGGGACAGCGGGAAGUCCUGUCAGGACAUCCACCUGGGUGCCUUGGAGACAGUGUGGAUUUGGGCCCAGGGUGGAGUGGCCUUGGAGGGAAGUGCCGGGAGUCUCUCCAGGCUUCCUGGCCCCUGCCACCAAGCAGCCCCACCCCCGCAGGUCCCCUCUUCCCGUCUCUCAGUCUCAGGGACCAAGUGCAGAUCAGGCAGCCAGGGAGCCCCUCUCCCCAGGGGGCUGUGCUGGGGGAGACACAAGGCAGGUCCUACAGGAAGCAUGACAUCAUCACGUUGCCAUAUGGGCCCGCGCUCCUCCAAGAGCCCCCACCACCCAGGCCUUGCCAGGCACCCGGGCUGCCGGGAGCAGGCCACUUGUGGCAAAGGCCUGACGUCCUGGACAGACCUCCAAGGAGGGAUGGCCACUGGGGUCAUCGUGCAAACACAGAUCUGUGCAAGUCCCCUCAUCCAGCCGCCCUGGGCCCCAGGGUGAGCCCGGAGGGGGAGCUGUGCUAACAUGGGAACUUGGUUGGGGACCUGGAAGGAGCCCACGCUGCCAGGGGCAUCAAACGCAAGCCGCCGUUCUGGGGCUCUUCAGAACGUUCCAGCCCCGCCCGGCCUGAGUUCCCACAGAGAACACUUCGCCCUCGGAGGCACAGCCCCUUCAGGGGGGCAGAAAGAAGCCUUGCCAGCUGCAAGUCCCCCAGAUCAGCUCACACCUCAGAACAUCUUGUCCCCAAUGAGCUGGCAGGGGUGCCGGCCCGGGCGGGGGGCGCUGCCGUAUCUAACCCAGUCGAUUGUGCAUAACUGUCUGAGCCGGUUCGUGGAAUGUUCUCGGGGCCCCCUGUCCCUCCCUCGGCCCCCAUCCUACCCCCGGAAGAAAGGAAAAUUAUUUUUUGUAUUGUAAACUUUAAACACGAAAAAGCUGUUUUUAAUUU